AUGGAAACUCAGUUUUCGAAACGGAGAUGCUAUUACAUUGACGGCCGACGGUACUGUACCAGUGUCUGGGAAGACUGGGCCCGAUGGGUCUUUUUGGCUAUUAUCAUCGCCGGUGGCUUUCUGAUCUUCUUUCUCUUUGCGUGUGUUUCCGCCCGUCGACGCCGUAACAGAGGCAUGCAACCUUUCAUGGGUACCGGCUGGGCUGCAAAUCUUGGUAAGCCAGGACAGCAAGCACCACCGCCGCCCCAGUACCAAUAUCAGUACCCUCCACCUCCCCAGUACACACCGGCAGGCGAAGCAGGCGGCUACUAUGGAUACAAUAACAACAACAUGAAUGGUCCACCCCCAGCCGGCGCAAACAGCAACCAACAGACAGGAAUCGAACUCCAACAACCGCCAAAUGCAUACCGGGGAGAAACCGUGUAUGGACCCCCAGCAGGCCCCCCUCCGCCUAAAACAUCAUAA